UAUACACAUACUCGAUCCAGUUUACCAAUUUACGUUGUUUUUAAAAUUUCAUUAUUCGCGAUCCAGAAAUUUCUAGUAUACUGGUUGAAAAAGCAUAUUGAGAAAGUUAUUCAGAUUUUAAAAACAUAAUUUUAAAGUAGCAAAAUAUCUGAACUUGUCUCAUUUGAUUACCAGCAAUGUUUUCUAGUUCUUUGUUUCGCGAUGAUCCUUUUUUCAGCCAAUCACCAUUUGAAGAAAUGAAUCGAAUGCAUAACUCAAUGUUAUCAAGUUUUGGUAGUUCCUUUGGAAUGAUGCCUAUGAUUGGUGGGCCACAAAGUCUACAAAGUAGGGAUCCUUUUAGAGGGAUGAUGUCUGGAGGUAUAUUUGGAAACAUGGAGCGUAUGAUGCAAGACAUGCAAAAAAAUACUGAUGGUGUGCAUUCAUACUCAUCCUCUCAAUUUAUAUCUUAUUCUAAUGAUGGAGUUAGCGAGCCAAAAUACUAUGAAGCAAGAUCAGAGACUAAACAAGCUCCUGGUGGAAUUCGCCAAACAAGGAAAUCUGAAAGAAAUUCAGAAACUGGACUCGAGCGAAUGGCCAUAGGUCAUCAUAUACAUGAUAGAGGUCAUAUUAUUGAAAGAAGUAACAAUCGUCGUACAGGAGAUAGAGAACAAAAAGAAGACUUUGUCAACAUGGACGAAGAAGAAAAAGAUGCUUUUCACAGAGAGUGGCAUCAAAAAGCACGUUCUUACAGCGGAAGAGAUGCAAUAGCUGAUCAUCGUGAGAGAUAUGACAGAGCUCAUCAACCACGUGCUAUUGAAGAUAACAGUUAUCGACGGGAACGCUCAAGAGCUAAUGAAAGACAGUCGAGAAAGUACAGCGAUUUCGAUAAUAUAUAAGUAUUUUGGCAUAUUUAAUUGAUCUUUUCCUAUGUAAUUUAUUGAUGUGUAUAGAGUCUUUUGUGAAAUUAAUAUGUAUUUAUUUUUUUUUCUUACACGAUACCAAUAAAUAUUAUAAAAAGUUAUAUAUCAAUCUGUAAAAAUUUUUUAAAUAUUUUAGUGUGUUCAAUAAAUUAUGACUAGAAA